AUGUCUUGUGAAUCACCGCUACCACCAAGUGUGCUUCGUCCUCUCUCACCGCUGGAGCGAUACUACACAAUCCAACAUGCGCUAAACUAUUACACAAACAUCACCUCCUACGUACGAUAUACCCACACAAAACUGUCGUCUAUUCCAUUUGCAAAUGUGAGGACGAAAAUAACGCCAAUACUUUACAGAACACUGAGAGCCUUGGUUCUGGCACUUCCGGCACUUUCGGUUGCAUUCUUUGGUUUAGAAUCUAAUUCACCGAAAUUCGUGCAUAUUCCUAUGAUAGAUUUAACGUCGAUUGUCUCUUUCGUGACUUUCAAUAAUGAGAUUGAAGAUCAGGAAUUAGAACGAUUACUUGAGACGCAACAUGAAAUUGGAUUUCACCAGGAUAAUUUUAAUAUACCGCUGUGGCGUGUGAUAUUUGUGUUUAAUAAAGGGAGGAAUGAACUGGGAGUUUUGUUUGUAUAUCAUGGAAUUGGGGAUGGACAAAGCUCUUAUGCAUUACAUAAUUUAUUUUACAAAUUUUUGAAUGAAAAUUUAAAUUUAUUUGAUUCGAAUGCACCGAUACCUGAUGAUCAUACAAUUCAGGUGCCGAUAAUGCCACUUCCACAUCCACUCAAUGAAAGAAUCUCACUUCGUCCUCCUCUUCAUAAAAUU